AUGACGACGGACGCGGACAACAACAUCGUGCUGUCGCCCGAGAAGCCCACGGCCGCCGUCGUGUUCCUGCACGGACUGGGGGACACGGGCCACGGCUGGAGCGACGCCAUGGCCAUGCUAGCCAAGGGCCUCCCGCACGUCAAGUUCGUGCUGCCCACGGCCGCGUCCAUGCCCGUGACGCUCAACAUGGGCAUGCGCAUGCCCGCCUGGUACGACAUCAAGUCGCUGGCGCGCGUGAGCGGAGACAACGCGGACGGCAUCGACGCGUCGCGCGACCGCGUCAUGGGCAUCAUCGAGAAGGAGGUGGCGGGGGGCAUCCCGCUGUCCCGCAUCGUGCUGGGCGGCUUCAGCCAGGGCGCGGCCUUGUCGCUCUUCUCGGGCUACCAGAGCAAGACGGUGCUGGGCGGAGUCAUCGCCAUGUCGGGAUACCUGCCGCGCAACAACGCGUUCCAGUUUGCGCCCGAGACGGCGGACGUGCCGCUGCUCAUGUGCCACGGCGAGCAGGACCCAGUGGUGCGCUUCGACUACGGCAAGAUGUCCAAGGACAAGCUCGAGGCGGCGGGCGUCAAGAACAUCGAGUUCCACGCGUACCCGGACAUGGAGCACGGCGCGUGCAUGGAGGAGCUGGACGACGUCACCAAGUGGCUGCAGCGCGUGAUCCCGGAGACGCAGAACUAA